CAAGGUUACCCAGCAGACAUGUGGCAGAGCCGGAAUUAGAACGCAGGUCCCCUGGCACCCGGGCCUGUGGAACUGAUUUUUGGUUCGAUGAAGACACUACCGGCGGUGAUGCUGAGUCCAUGAGGAUUUCUACGCAGAAAAAAGAACCACAGCCACUGAAACAGUUGGAGGAAACUUUCAUGGCCCGUGAUGGUCUCUUUCCUGGUUAUGAAGGUUCUGGGGCCCAGCCGGUUUUGGGUCCUGAAGAGCCUCUCUAUCCACCCUUACCAUCUUCAAUAGCUUCUUUUUUGACUGGCAGUAACCUUGGAUUUACCAUCACCCCCAAGAGCUGCCAUCUCUCGGGCCACCACUGGAUUCUCCACUUCCAAGUGGUCUCCUUCCAUGAUAAUGAGGUUAUGGAGCUAAGGGUCCAAGUGCCAGUUAGCUCUUCCACCAGCCACCCCCUCAUCCUCGAGCUGCAGGCCCUCAAAGAGGGAGGAGGCUGGUUCCUGCUGGGCUCCUUUCCCUUCACCCUGCCAUCCUCGCACAUGGGCUCGGAGCUGGUGCUGGACGUGACGUGCCUCCUGGAGUACUGGAUGCAGCUGGAAGAUGUUUUCCUGGGCUCCAUCGUCCCGUGGAGGGAAGAGCUGCGCUCCGGGGACCUGCUCAACAACUCCAUCCUGCUGGCGUGCCUUGAGGCCAGGGCCGACCGGGACACGGUGCUGCUGGUUACGGCCUCGCCCCCGGCCCGGCCCGUGCUGAUCCACCAGGCCGACUCUCGGAGUCCUGCUGAUCCUCCCUCCGGGAUGGCCCCUGAGGUCUCCCAUGGGGAGCCCUGCCAGCUCGGUGACAUGGAGGUUGAUUUCCGGCUCCUGCCCUGGGGCUCGUCCAUUGUGCUGCCCAAGACCUUCAAUGCCUACAGGUGCAAGGGGGCUUGCCCAGAGGGAUCCCAUCAUCUGGCUGACUUUUCCAACUACUUCUCGAUGCAGAAACAGGUUGCCUGUCCUUGGAAGAGUCUGUCCUGUGUCCCCUCGCUGCUGAGACCGCUUUCCCUGAUGGUCAUCGAGGCCAACACCCAGGCCGUAGUCCACCUCCUUAAGGACAUGGUAGUGGCAGAGUGUGGCUGCCGUUAGCUUGGAGGUCCAGUCUCUUCCCAGCUGGGCAGGGCUCAUGGGGUGGGAGUGAGGUCUACUUCAUAACUGUUCCCCAAAUGGCAUGAAUUGGGUUUCUCACUUGGCCAUGAGAGUGAGGUCAUGUCUGGAUGGAAGUCUCAAGCACUGCUUUUUGUCUUUAGCAAUCAAUAAAACAUCACUAUGACAAUUGUGGA